AUGGCGCGCGCGCACGACGCGAAUCACCGCGCGAUGCGCGAAGCCAUCGGUGAGAUGGAUGGGUCGUCCGGGUACGACGCCGUCAUUGUGUGCACGUCGAACGCGGCGCAGGAGGCGUACUGGCAGACGCGCUUGGAGGCGACGCGCGGUCAAGCCGCGAAAAAUGGGGCGACGAUCGUGUGCGUGCACGAAGAUUGGGCCGCGGACGGCGCAGGGAACGGGUUGGGUACGCUGUACGCGUACGUCAAGGCGCGCGCCAAGGCGCAGGCGAACGGGGGCGGGGAUUUGGAUGCGAUUCUCGCGAGUGGUGGAAGCAUCGGGAUGUAUCACACCGCGGGAAAAGGCACGCGAUUGGCGCCUUUGCCGGGAUCGGAGAAUAAUAACAAGCCGGGAGUGAAACUGCCGAGCCUCGUCUCCGUGAACGGGGCGUCCGAGAACUUGACCAUUCUCGAGGCGGUGAUUCGGCAAACGGGUAGAUACGCGCAAGAACGCUCCGGACGGUGCAGUGUAUUUUGGGGGGAUCAAAUAUUCGUCCCCGCCGCCGGACAUGUCGCGAGUGGGAACCAUCAUGCGGACAUCCUCGCCGAGAUGGGGCCGAUGCCGUCGGCGGAGGAGUGGCGGGCGCGGGGCUUGGAAAAGUACGGCUUGAUCGCGGUUAACGAUACGAAUGAGGCGACGCAGGUCGAGAAGGUGAGUUACGAGACCGCCAGUGAGCUUUUGUCGUCCUUUGGCGUCGUCUCGAGCGUCGGUCCGUCGCUCGGUUCGUUUUCUUUAUCCACCCCGAUGCUCUUGGGUUUGUUGAACGAGUUCUCCGCAGAAAUCGCCGGCAAAGAGGCGAAGAUGGACAGCGACCCACACUUCUGGAUGCCACUCACGAUGAAGUGCGACGCAUAUGUUAAAGUUAUGAGUUCGAAGGGCGAAGCUGAGACGAUAUCCACGGCGCACCACGCGCGCAUGCAAGCGUUCAGGGCGAAACUCCUGGCGGAGCAUCCGGAGAAGGGCAUGUUCGGCGCUAUCAACGUCGGUGCGGGCUCCUACUGGUGGGAUUACGGAUUAUUGGCGUUAUACAUGAAGAACAAUCUUCUCGCCCUCGGCGAUAGCGAAGAAGCGCAAUCUUUGCGCCUGUAUCUCGGCAUCCCAGAGGACACUCGCCGCGUCGACUCAGCGCUCGCAGACGACGUCAAGACGGAUCUUUCCUCCGUCGUCUUAGCUUCGAAGAUUGCGUCUGGACACUUGGCUUCUUCCGUCGUAUCUCACGUGCGCACAAAGAACGCCGAUAUCUCCAAUUCUCUCCUCGUCAACGUCACGGCGAAGAACAUUCGAGCGCACAACUGCGUCGUGUACAACGUCGUCGACGAAUCCGAGGAAGGACUCAUCUUACCCGACGGCGCCGUGUUCACGAACGUGUUCAUUCCUGCGUCCACCGCGGAUGGCGAGCACACCAAGCUCGUGAUGACGUCCACGACGACGACUUGCGGCGGCAAGGUAUUCAAGAACAAGCUGACGCAAAAUCCGUACUCAUUCAACGACGUCUACAAGCUCAACGCCGACACAGACGUUGUCCGCGCGUACGCCACCGCCAAGGCGGCGCAUGACGCCGCCGCCGCCAGUAUGUGA